AUGAACUUACGUUUCACAUUAUUAUUACCGUUAUUAUUAUUAUUAUUAUUAUUAUUAUUAUUAUUAUUAUUAUUAUUAUUAUUAUUAUUAUUAUUAUUAUUAUUAUUACUGUUAUUAUUAUUAACACUAUUAUUAUUACCUAUUACUCCAAUCUCUGCAGUAGAACUGCAGUAUUACUCCAAUACGCCAAAUUUUGCUGCCUGUUGCUUAUUAUUAUUAUUAUUAUUAUUAUUAUUAUUAUUAUUAUUAUUAUUAUUAUUAUUACUAUAG